UUGUUGUUGUUGUUUUUUUUUUUACCGUACCACAAUGAAAACAGCAGUGCUGAUUCUCCUGCCAAAACUGAAGGAGAUGCAUAAAGAAAUAAACAGCAAAAUGAUUACACUGUCACCUUUGUAACAUUGUUUUUAUUCCAUUUAUUCACCUAGUAAUGGUGGGGGUUAUAUCCAAGAUAAGGAUUAGGUGCUGCAAGGAGUCUUCAUUUUUAACCUUUCGUGUGUGUGAUUGAGAGCAUGUGUGCACAUGGCAUUCUCUGUAAAUGGGUCACGUAGGGAGAGUUAUGACACUGUAGCAGUGGUGUAGGCUGAACCCAUGGUGGUCUCAUGCCACCACGAAGCUUCAGACGGCUCAGGGCUCCGAUCCAAUUGGAACGUAUGAGGCAUGCUGUUUUUUUAAUGUGAUGUAGCAAGGCAUGAUGGGGACAUGGUUGUGGUUGUACUCAAGUAUUUUUAGUGUGGGCUGGGGCUAUUGGACAAGAAUGGGAAAUUUUGCUGUUCUUUGCUUUAUUCUAGGAUGAGAGUUUCACUGUGUGGUAUUUGGUUCUUUUUGCCUCUCAUCCUGGAUGAACAGAUAAACUGUUCUUUCCUUAGAAGUACACAAAAGAGUAGUUUGUGUAUUUCUUUAUCCUAAGGAUGGCUUUUCCAAGGUCUCCCUUCUUUUUUUUUUUUUUUUUUCCUUCCCCAAUCCCUCUUUUUUAGCUCAAAUACUGACCACUUCUGUUGCAUAUAGAGUUAUUUCCUUUUAAGUAACUUUAUUUUUAAAGUUGCCCUCUCUUGACAGCUUGGUCAUUUUUUCUUAGUUCAUCUUGAUUACCUUGCUAGGCCUAUUAAGUCAAGGAUUUGUUUGUGGCAGAACUAUUUCAUGGAACUAUUUCAUAUCUGCAUUGCUUUUCUUGACUGACUGUAUUCAGGAGGAGUUUUAUGGAAAAGGCCGUGUUUUGUUUGCAGAGUUUACUUUAUUGCUUAUAGCUUAAUAGUAUUCAUUCCACAAAUAUGUGUAUGACUGUUUGUCCUUUCACUUGAGAAUACUGCCUUAAUAUUCAUAAAACCAAAAUCAGGCAAGUCUCUGAAUAAACACAUAAAAGUCAUUUUGUAAGAACUGCCUUUACAGGUCGAAUUAGGAGUUUUUUAGGGUUGUAUUAGUUCUAAAUCUACAUAACAGUAGACCCAAAACAAGUAAAAGAUGUAUGUGUUUAGUUCUUUGUAGGGAUGGAAACCCAUUGCUAAGUUACCUGAGCUUUUCCCAUUCUAGUUAGAAAAGCAGUUCCCAAAUUACUGGGCUUUGAGCAAAGAACCAUAUAGAUUCAGCCACUGAGGACAAAGUGUUCUCUUUCUGGGCACCUGCUUCUCUUCAAGAGUUUUGGUUCCCAAACCAGAACUGGAAAUGCUUCUGUCUGCUUCAUUGCCAGAACCUGCUCCUGAGGUAAGUGUUGUUGGAAUAUUUUGAAGAGCUGAGAGGAGUUUCUGCCCUUCUUGAAACCUUGCAGGACGAACUGCUGGAAUUGCUUCUUAGCCUGAAGAUAGAGUUUAGGGCAAUUACCAAGGAAUGUGAAGGUAUUUUGGUGUGGUGCUCUCAGUGAGGCACUUUGAUGUUUCUCAUGUCACAGAAGAAUGGUCUCACCACAGAGCUGCCACUGGGUGCAGAACCACUGGGCAUACCUUCCUUUGUGUGGUGAACCUAGGAGCACUGUGCUGGUCCACUGAUCAGAUGAAGAGCAAACAGGAAGAAAUGCAGCAUUUUUUCAUCUGCUGCUUAGAAAGUUCAAACCCUGAAAUGGUUUCGGGAUAUUUUUAGGGAUUUUUUUUUUUUCAUCCAUGGACAAAUGCCUGGAUGCCUUUUGGACUGCAGAUUUCGAAUUAGGCGCCUUUAAUAUUUAAACAGUUUACUUAAAUCCUGUUUCAGAUGCCUGACUUCUUUACCCACAGCACGCAUUUCUGUGUACGAGUGGAGUCUGUGCCCUACUGGAGCAUUUUUGAGGCCUCUAAGGCCCUGCAAAGGUGUAGGAAUUUGCAUACAUGGAUUUGUUGGCUGGAUCUGGGUACAGAGUUCAUUGUGGAAAACCUUAUGUAGGAAGAAAUUCAGAUAAAAUGCUUUAUUUAUUUAUUUAUUUAUUUUCUUCUUUGGAUACCGAAGCAUAAAUCUGUGUCCUUGUAAAGACUGAGUCUUGAAAACUCAGUUGCCUGGGAAGCUUCUCCAGUCAGUUUGUGUAGAACAUUAGCCUUCAUUUUGCAGAAUGUCGUGCCUCUGUAGGUAUAAAGAGCUGGCUAAUACAGAAGAGGCCGCGCUGGUACGCAGAGUAUGCAAUUGAGGGUUUACUGGGCUGUCAGCACAGGUGGCUGUGUCUUUGCAAAAUUGCAUCAUCAUGAACACCACAGAAACUUGCUGGCUUUAGCAGAUAUCACUGGGGAUUUGGGCAGCAGGGGUGAAAAAAUGGUGUCAGUGGAGAAAUGUUGUUGGUGGGUUUGCUCUGGAAGCUGGGAUAUGGUGGUUGUCUCUGAGUCCCACAUGCGAGAGGACAGACAAUUGGAAGAUGGAGAGCCUCACAGAGACAGUGAAGAAUUUGAGGAAAGGACAGGAUAGAGAAAGCAGGAGUACAUGAAGAAUCGUAAGCAGUGGGAAUUUGCGGUUGUGUGGUGGUCAGGUGGGUGGCGAAAGCAGGAAAUAGAGAAAACUAAUGCCAGUUCCUCCAGUGGUUGGAGGUGAACUGACACUUCAAGCUCAUCGGGUUCCAGUUGAUCUGAGGCCAGUACGUAUGGUAAUAAAGCCCUCACAAGCAUAGUCAUAAACAGUGUCUUGGCUUUUCUCCGAAACCUGGACAGUGAGCACUAGCUUCUGAUGGGCCUCAUCAGAGGAGGGAGGCCGUGAGUUUCCAACCCUUAAUGACUCUGCCUCCUCCCCAGAAAAUCUCCAGAAAGCUGAUACACAAUUUUGCUACAAAUUUAUGGGUAGCGUGGUUUUGUGUAAGUUAUGGGAGUGUACUGUGGUUGUAAACUGGGAAGAUUAAAUGAGCAAAUGAGCAAGUAAUGGGCAUCGAAAGUGCUGAGAUGCUAGAAGUUAGAGAAGAGUUCACCAAGAACUAAGAACUGAAAAUAACACUGAAGAUGACAGCAUGUUUAGGAGAGAUUUGUAAUGAGUUGGAUGUUUGUAUUCUGAUGGAAGUAUACAAAUUUGGGCAGGAAUAAAUCUUUAGUAAUGAUUGCAUGAAACUUGUUUCUUCUCUGUUCUUGUUUCUCUGGCCUAGCAGAAGUUGAUCACAUCAGUCGAGGAAUAUUUUGAAACAGAUUAAGUGUUUGCUACAAAUGACUGUUGCAACUUUGUGUUUUUAUCCCCAUAAAGACUUAUGUAAAUGUUAGUUGACAUUAUUUUGAAAAGAUGAUGUUUCUUAUGGAAACCUUGGGCAAAAUCGUAAUGGUUUUUUUGUAAGCCGAUUGUGAAGGUAGCAGUGAAGCUGGGAGAUUCCCAGCGCUGAAAAAUGGCUGGUGGGUAGGAGAACUGCUGAAGUCUGUGUUGUCCACUUGUACAGAAAACAUUAGGCAGCAUUCUCUGCUGCCUCUUGCUGGUUCAGUAUUUAUGAAGCUAGUUGUCUUUAAGUGCAAGUUUACAUUAGAUCUUGUUUUACCCAACUAGGUUUGCCUUAUCCUGAUAACAGUGCUUAUAUGUAAAGAAAAAAAUACGGAGUGGGGUUUUGAAUCUAGUUAGCAUUUUGACUUUGUAGUACUGAUUGGCUUUUUUGGUAAGAGUGAAAGUGUUACGUGUUGAAGAAGAGUUGACGUUCUGUUGACAGACUUUGACUUUUGGCAAUUUUUGAGAACUGGUGAUAUUUUAAAUAUAAAAGCAAAUUGGUACAUUGUCAUGUGGCAGGUGUAUUCUAAAUAUUCACACAUCUGAAGUUUGAAAACUCAUGGUAUUAUACUCUGGAAGCAGUUUACAUUGUUGAUUUCAUUCCUGAAAUGGACUGAGAGUAACUUUCUCUUGGCUGUUGUGUACUCGUUUCAGUAUAUGAACAGGGAUGCACCAGAAGUGAAGUGUUUCAAAUUGCUAGCUGCCUACCUUUAACUUCAUCUUCUUCACCUUUCUUGAUUUGAGAACACUGUAUCCCCUGCCGCCCCCCAAAAAAAGUUGAAUGUGAACUUGCUUAGGCUUUGACUUUUUGUUGUUGUUGUUCCCCAUGUAAGACAAUAAGGAAAUCAUGUUUCCAUAUCACUUUAUUACAGCUUUUUCUAUUCUGUAUUUCUGGGUUUUUGACAAGUGGCCUGGGAUAGUCAAGAGAUUGGCCUCCUCAUACUGAGUCGUGAGUGUUUGGUGUUCUGGAGCAGUAGUUGUUGAAUCUAAGUGGAUGUACUCCGAAUGAUACUUAGGCUGUCUUCAGGCCAAGAGAUGUUCUCUGUUCAAUUUCAUAUGCCCAAAUUUCAGCUUUUUCUGUGAUGAAUAUUGCACAGGCAGAGGCAACCUUCUUAGCAUAAUACUUAUAACUUAAAUAACCUUUCUUCUUUACCUUCUACAGACACUGUGACUGAUGAGAGUUAAAGGCCAUGGAUGAAGAUGGGCUUGAAUUGCAGCCACAUGAGCCAAAUGCAUUUUUUGAUCCAACAGGAGCUGAUGCCACACAUAUGGAUGGAGAUCAGAUUGUUGUGGAAGUACAGGAAACAGUAUUUGUUUCAGAUGUAGUCGACUCAGAUAUAACUGUGCAUAACUUUGUUCCUGACGAUCCAGAUUCUGUAGUAAUCCAAGAUGUCAUUGAGGAUGUUGUUAUUGAGGAUGUUCAGUGCCCAGAUAUUAUGGAGGAGCCAGACGUAUCUGAAACUGUCAUUAUUCCUGAACAAGUGCUGGACACAGACGUGGCUGAAGAGGUUUCUUUGGCUCAUUGCACUGUCCCAGAUGAUGUUUUGGCUUCAGACAUAACAGCAGAAGCAAUGUCUAUACCAGAACAUGUACUGACGAGUGAGUCAAUGCAUGUACCUGAAGUUGGACAUGUAGAACAUGUAGUUCAUGAUAAUGUUGAAGAAGCAGAUAUUGUCACUGAUACUUUGGGAACAGAUGUUGUUUCUGAAGAAGUCUUGGUGGCAGACUGCGCAUCGGAAGCAGUGAUCGACGCCAAUGGGAUCCCUGUGGAACAUCAAGAUGAGAAGGGCAACUGUGAAGAUUACCUGAUGAUUUCUCUGGAUGAUGCUGGUAAGAUAGAACAUGAAGGUUCUGCUGAAAUUACCAUGGAAGCAGAGUCAGAAAGUGGAUCUUGUAAAGUGGAUGGCAUUUGUCCAGAAGUCAUCAAGGUCUAUAUAUUCAAAGCAGACCCUGGAGAAGAUGAUUUAGGGGGCACAGUAGACGUUGUGGAAAGCGAGCCAGAAAAUGAUCAUGCAGUUGGCUUACUUGAUCAAAAUAGCAGUAUUCGUAUUCCAAGGGAGAAAAUGGUUUACAUGACCGUAAAUGAUUCUCAGCACGAAGACGAAGAUUUAAAUGUUGCAGAAAUAGCCGAUGAGGUUUAUAUGGAAGUGAUAGUAGGAGAGGAAGAUGCAGCAGUCGCCCAUGAACAGCAAAUUGAUGACAAUGAGAUUAAAACUUUCAUGCCAAUAGCAUGGGCAGCAGCUUAUGGUAAUAAUAACGAUGGCAUUGAAAGUCGGAAUGGCACUGCAAGUGCUCUUUUGCACAUAGAUGAGUCAGCGGGACUUGGGAGACUGGCAAAGCAAAAACCAAAGAAGAAAAGGAGACCUGAGUCCAGGCAGUAUCAAACAGCAAUAAUCAUUGGCCCCGAUGGUCAUCCACUGACAGUUUAUCCCUGCAUGAUUUGUGGAAAGAAAUUUAAAUCUAGAGGUUUCUUGAAAAGGCACAUGAAAAACCACCCAGAGCACCUUCUUACUAAGAAAAAGUACAGAUGCACAGACUGCGAUUACACUACGAAUAAAAAAAUAAGUUUACAUAACCACUUGGAGAGUCAUAAGCUGACCAACAAAACAGAAAAGCUUAUUGAGCGUGAUGAGUGUGGGAAAAGCUUCUCUCACGCGGGAGCGUUAUUUGCGCACAAGAUGGUGCACAGGGACAAAGGAGUGAAUAAAAUGCACAAGUGCAAAUUCUGCGACUAUGAGACAGCAGAACAAGGAUUGCUAAGUCAUCACCUUUUAGCUGUUCACAGCAAGAACUUUCCUCAUAUUUGCGUGGAGUGUGGCAAGGGAUUUCGUCAUCCGUCGGAGCUGAAGAAGCACAUGCGAAUCCACACUGGUGAGAAACCCUACCAGUGCCAAUAUUGCGAAUACCGAUCUGCCGACUCUUCUAACUUGAAAACUCAUGUAAAGACUAAACAUAGCAAGGAAACGUCGUCCAAGUGUGAUAUUUGUUUCCAGACUUUUUCAGAUACCAAAGAGCUACAGCAGCAUACACUUAUGCAUCAAGAGAGCAAAACACAUCAGUGUUUGCAUUGUGACCAUAAGAGCUCAAACUCGAGUGAUCUGAAACGACAUAUAAUUUCAGUCCACACAAAAGACUAUCCCCAUAAGUGUGAUAUGUGUGAUAAAGGCUUUCACCGGCCUUCGGAACUGAAAAAACACGUGGCGGCUCACAAGGGUAAAAAAUUACACCAGUGCAGACAUUGUGACUUUAAGAUUGCGGAUCCGUUUAUUCUGAGUCGCCACAUACUCUCAGUUCACACAAAGGAUCUUCCAUUCAGGUGCAAGAGAUGUAGGAAGGGCUUUAGGCAACAAAAUGAGCUGAAAAAACACAUGAAAACACACAGUGGCAGGAAAGUUUAUCAAUGUGAGUACUGUGAGUAUAGCACUACAGACGCCUCAGGCUUCAAACGGCAUGUUAUUUCCAUUCAUACAAAAGACUACCCUCACCGAUGUGAGUAUUGCAAGAAGGGUUUCCGAAGGCCUUCAGAGAAGAACCAGCACAUUAUGCGGCAUCAUAAAGAUGUUGGGCUGCCUUAAAGUCUCUUUCACAGACUUAUGGCUGGAAUUGCAAAGGAAUUUUGCCUUUCGGGCAGUUAGCUUAUUUUAAAGCCAAUCACCUGCAAUCACACACACACACAUGGAAAAAAAAAAAAAAACAACAAAAAAAUACCCCCAUACUGUGCAUUUGAUUUGUUGCUGUAUAAAAAUAGGAUUAUUGCUUCUAGUUGACUUUUAUACCUUUUGUUCAAUAGCGUGUUCUGAAUUCUAUUCAGUUUGUUUAAUAAAUGAAGAAAAGAUGGCAACAAUAAAGUUGCAUUUAAUAAAGUAAA